AAAUGAAAACUCUGGACAAAAUAGACACAAGGAGGUGCGCAGAGAGAUUAGUUAUGUCAGAGUUGGAGUUGAAAAAUAAACAUCAAAUAUUUUGCCAAAACUUCCCAGAUGGAGUAAUGUCUAGAACAGAGUUUGAAGAAUUAGCAGAGGAAUCCUUGUCCAAUGGAAACCUGGAGAUUCCCAGAUUUGUUGAAAAUGUUUUCAAUCUUUUCGGAGGAGGAGAAUUCAUAGACUUUAUUCAGUUUACAUUAAUCACACAGGUUGAGGAAUUGUGUAUACAGCCUCGCAAUAGAAUAGUCUGGAUCUUGGAACGGAUUUUUGAAGAGGAAACAACUUAUGUAUCUGCAGAAUCAGUUGAAAAAAUUCUCUCUUCAAUACUGCAGCUCGAGUUUGAAGAUGCUCACCUUCCCCCUUGUAUUCUGGAGUCCAUGAAUCUACCAAAAAGAAUAAAACUCUCAAGAUUACUGCGAAAACUGAAACAGUCAAAGAGAUUGAACGAGCAUUUACAGCAGUUAGAUGAGAGCAGAAGUUUUUGAAAAUAUUUGAAUAUACAUAUUAUCACUAUGUUAAACAUUAAUAAAACUGUAUUUCUUUUUUCAAUAAAGUCAUGUACAAUAAUAAUUAGUAC